AGUCCUGGACACUAAUACCCUUUCCACAUUCAAACUAAAUUAUAAUGUUGAAAAAUACACCAACACUUAUUCACUAUUUCUGUUGACCUUAACCUUAAUACAUGUCAUGUUUCCGUAUUUCACGGGUUUAAUCCUAAACCCAAAUCCAUUCCAAAAACACCCUUUCCAUUGCGUUUUCUUCUUCCUUUCAUUCUAGGAACUUUCAAUUAAGAUCACCGAACCGAUCUAUGCAGUUUGGUCUGCUAUUAUGAAGUGUUUUUCAUUCCAGUCUGGUAAUAAGAAAGAUGAACCCAAAGGCUUACAAUCGGUGUCGGGCCGGUCGGACAGUUCCGCCUAUGUUGAUGUUGAAGAUAGAAGAUGUGGUUCUGAAUUGAAUUCUCUUGAUGUUUCGGAUAGUGGCAGCGUGGAAUCGCUUAGGAGGAACGCGCCUUCUAAUUUGUCGCAAAGGCCGAGUGAUCUUAGAGUUUUUACUGUAUCUGAACUGAAAUCGGCCACAAAGAGUUUCAGUCGAUCGGUUAUGCUUGGGGAGGGCGGGUUCGGUUGUGUCUAUCAGGGUGUAAUCAGAAGUGUAGAUGACCCUUCUCGAAGAAUUGAGGUUGCUGUUAAACAACUUAGUAAAAGAGGAGUGCAGGGGCAUAGGGAAUGGGUGACGGAAGUGAAUGUUCUGGGCAUUGUUGAGCAUCAAAAUCUUGUGAAGCUAGUGGGAUACUGUGCCGAUGAUGACGAAAGAGGAAUCCAACGGCUUCUGAUAUAUGAAUACAUGCCAAACAAAAGCGUGGAACACCAUUUGUCUCACCGAGCGGAGACUCCUCUCCCAUGGAGUAGGAGAUUAAAAAUAGCACAAGACGCGGCUCGUGGAUUAACAUACCUGCAUGAAGAAAUGGAUUUUCAGAUAAUUUUCAGAGAUUUCAAAUCCUCAAAUAUCCUUUUGGAUGAUCAGUGGAAUGCAAAGCUAUCAGACUUUGGGUUAGCGAGACUGGGACCAUCGGAUGGACUAACUCAUGUCUCAACAGCGGUUGUAGGAACAAUGGGGUACGCAGCUCCUGAAUAUAUCCAAACUGGACGUCUCACAUCGAAGAAUGACGUAUGGAGCUAUGGUGUUUUCCUUUAUGAGCUCAUUACUGGCAGACGCCCUUUAGAUCGAAAUCGCCCCAAAGGUGAACAGAAGUUGUUGGAAUGGAUAAAGCCAUACCUAUCAAAUACAAAGAAAUUUCAACUGAUAUUGGAUCCAAGACUUGAUAAGAAACAAGUAAUCAAAUCAGCCCAAAGACUUGCUACGAUAGCUAACCGAUGCUUAGUUAAAAACCCGAAGAAUCGCCCGAAGAUGAGCGAGGUUUUGGGAAUGGUGAAUGAAAUAGUAGAAUCAUCGUCAUCCGACUCUAAUUCAAAACUACCCUUGAAGAAUGUUUCGAGAGUAGAGGUUUCUCAAGACAUUGAAAUGAACAACACGAAGAAGCGGAGCAUGGAUCAGAAGUCUAGAGAAAGUAAUUGGUUUUUUAAGAUAUGGAGACCAAAGCUUUUAAGAACAUGAAAAAGGCAAAAUGAUUAUUGAGCCUGAAGUGAAAUGAUUGUUAGUUUAGGUAUAGUUAUAAAUUGUUACUAUAUACAUGUAUCUUGUAAUUUUACCUGUUACAUAGAAAGUCCUUAGAAAUUUUGCAGAGUUUAGUAUCAAAUACACAAAAUGCAUGGAUGAUUCUUGCAUAGAAAUUCAAGUUUAAAUCCCUAGGAAGCAAAUCUUGUCCAGAAUUUGCAUGAUCCUUGUGCUGUUGUAUUUUAAUUUUGAUACCUUGAUUUGUGUUUUUGUGACUAUGUUGUAUUAUUAUCAAAUAAUCAUGUAUGUAAAAGUGUGUCUCAUUCAACUCA